AUGCCGGUCGAGGCCUCCCGCCAUGGUGGAAAAACCGUGGCCUUUGCGGCCUACUUCCGCUAUUCACAGACAGGCGGUAUGACGAAGCGUCGAAGCCGGCAUGACUCUGAGAGUGACUGCUCUCAACAAUUUUGGACAGAGUCUGAGGCAAGUGACGCUGACUCAGAAACUGAAAUUUCAACCCCGGAGUCCUCUGUAUCGAUCCGUAGGAAAUUUCGCGUUUUCCCCGUCAAGAAACGGCAGCGCAGCCAAGGGUCGUCAACUUGCACCAGCAGCGAACCCGAGAAUGACAGUGGUCAAGCUGUCCACAAGAGGCGGAAGAAGAAGAUCAGAUCCAAAAAUUUGCCGGAGGGCGUAAGAACCGUUCAAGAACGGAACUACCGACAGGGAAAUGACUCAAGCUCAAGCGAUACGGACGGAGGGGAUUCCUCCACCGAUCCAGAUAUUGAGUCGGAUGAUAUUUCAUCUGAUAGUGACAGUGAUGGCUAUGCUGAUGGCACCAAGACCCAGAUUGCGUUCAUGAAGGGUCUUUGGGAACGAUUCUGCCGCAAACAACAUAAAACAAACCAUUGA